UUUUUUUUUUUUUUUUUUUGACGUCAAAAGAUCAUUCUAUUACUCAAAUUUGAGGUGGUCUGGGUAACCAAACCGGAAUAGAACAACCAGUAAAAAGUAACUCCCUAUGGAAGGAUCUUACAGUCUUAGCUAAAAAAUCUGAAAUCUGAUUGCGCGUCCGUGGAACAUGAAUGAUGCUGAAGUCCGGGAAGCAUAUCUUUAAUGUCUCUAUUCUCUCCAAUUCUGUCGCAAAGCUUGGCCAAUCUUGAGGGUCCUUUAUCAUUGCAAUCAGGUCCUUGCAGUCUGUCCCAAAGCUCUGGCAUGUUGAAUGUUGAUGCAUAUUUUACUUCAUAUUUAAAGCACUCUUUAUUGUGUUUUGAUAUUUACCUAAUCAUAUUUAAGAUCACUAUUUUAUGUGUAUGUGUGUGUGUGUGAAGUAACAAAAACACUAUGUAACGGUUUUGAGUCCUUAUCAAGCACCAGAUUGCAAUACCAAAUCGUAAUUAAUAUGACAUCAACUAACAUUAUGUCCUCUAAUCCUUCUCUCUCACGGCUUCUCAUUCAACAAAUAGUAACUGAUAAACACGGUUUGAGCGGUGACUACAUUCUUCUAAAUUUUUUAUAAUGUGAAGAUUUAAUAUCAUGGUCGGAACACUAAAUCACAAAAGUUGACAAACCAGAAAAAAAGUAUUGUAGUCUCAGUCUCCGAUAAACACGAGAUUCGUAACAGACAAAAGUUUACUCAAUUUUUAUUUUAAGUUCACCUAACAUGUGGCUAGUAGUAGGUUACAGUAUAAUGUUAUAAAAAAAAACUAAAAAGAAGUGGGAUCAUAGAGACGUUCUUUUAACAAAUAGCCAACGCCAGAUAUUUAUCCGGAAUGUCCGUGAUUAGUGCGGCAACUUAUUUUAAAAUUCCGGCGUUAAAAGAAUCAAACGUGCUGGAAAAGUUAAAUAUAUGAUUACAUCUGUUGAGAUAAGAGAAAACAUUCGUAUAAACGAGACAUUAACUAAACUGUUGACCAAACAUAAAAACAGAACAGGAGAAGAAAAGAGAGUAUGCUGAGCUUCUUUCUUCGCACCAUUGUUCUUCUUCUCUUCCUCUCUUUAAACUUGUUCGGCACUUUUGCUUCUCUUACACCUAACCUGUGUCCUCUGGACCAAAGAUAUGCACUAAUUGACCUCAAGACGGAGUUCAAGAUCCGCAAGCCUGAUGAGUUUCUUGAUUAUGAUGGUAACUCCAUGAACGUCACUUCUUACCCCAAGACAGAAUCAUGGGCAAACAGCAGCAGUGACUGUUGUAACUGGGAAGGUGUCACGUGCGAUACCAAGUCAGGCAAAGUGAUCGGUCUAGACCUUAGUUGCAGCUCUCUUCAUGGUCGGCUAGAACCCAACUCUAGUCUUUUCCGACUGCAACAUCUGAAAAGUCUGAACCUUGCUUACAACAACUUCACUCUUUCACCAAUCCCAGAUAAGUUCAAUAAACUCAUUUGGUUAGAAACAUUCAAUCUCUCUGAGUCUUCACUCAAAGGUCAUGUUCCUAUAGAACUUCUUCAACUAACCAACUUGGUGUCUCUUGAUCUUUCUUCUUCUUCCUCUGCUUCUAAUUCCUACUUCGCACCUCCUCCAACUUUGCUCUUGUCCAUUGAGAACCCACCAUUGUUUCUCCCUCUACUUGCUAGAAACCUGAGAAACCUUAGAGCAUUGGAUAUGAGCUCUGUAAACAUUUCUUCAGAAAUCCCCCAAGAGUUUUCAUACAUGUCGUCUCUAAGAUCUCUACAUCUUAAAAACUGUUACCUGAUUGGAGAGUUUCCAAGCAGUGUUUUCAUGAUACCAAACUUACAGUCCAUUAAACUAGACCACAAUCCAGAACUGAGAGGGGAGCUUCCUGUGUUUUCUAUAAACAACUCUAUGCAAGUCUUGAGCCUUUUGGAAACAUCCUUUUCAGGUACCAUACCUGAUUCCUUUGGCAACCUCAAAGAUUUAGUUUCUUUGACACUUUCAGAAUCCAGCUUCUCUGGGAGGAUCCCAUCUUCACUUGGAGAGCUUUCUAACCUCUCAAGUCUUGUUCUUUUUUCAAAUGGUUUCACUGGUGAAGUACCAUCUUCCAUUGUUAAUCUAAAACAGUUGACCAUCUUCAGCGUUGGGUAUAAUAAGCUUAGGGGAAACUUUCUAUCCGGACUUCUCAACUUGACCAAACUACGUGGUAUCGAUCUCGGUUCCAAUGAGUUUACAGGUUUUUUCCCAACUAACAUUGGCCAACUCUCCAAACUGGAAGCCAUUUUCGCCGGUAGUAACUUCUUUACAGGAUCAGUUCCUGCAUCCCUUUUCCAAAUCACUUCACUGACCCACAUCUAUUUGGAGGAUAACCAGUUCAGUGAUAUCCUUGGAUUAGAGAAUAUAUCCAUGUUACCUAAUUUACAGUAUCUCUUCCUUCACUCGAAGAGUUUCAGAAUCAGUAGUCCAGUUGACUUUAACGUCUUCUCUUCCCUAAAACAGCUAGUAGGACUAGCUCUCUCAGGCAUCCUUCUUUCAACAGCAAACAUCACUUCUGUUUCAGACUUUUCAUCGCAGUUUCGAUAUGUGUACUUGUCAGGCUGCAACAUCACUGAGUUCCCUGAGUUCAUAAGAGACCAAAGAAAUCUGGAUUCUCUAGACCUUUCCAACAACAAUAUCAAAGGUCAAUUACCAGACUGGUUAUGGAGACUAGAAGAGUUGCAAGUUGUGAAACUUUCUAACAACUCCUUAAGUGGUUUUGAUGGAUCCCUGAAAGCUGUAACUGGAAGUCAGAUUAAUGUGCUAGAUCUAAGCUCAAACGCUUUCCAAGGACCACUCUUCAUCCCAUCCACGUCUAUAACCUACUUGUUUGUCUCUAACAACAACUUCACUGGAGAGGUGCCUCAGUUGAUUUGUGGACUAACUUCUCCUACCAUCAUAGAUCUAUCAAACAACAACUUCCACGGCUACAUUCCUCGGUGUUUAGGGAAGUACAUGAGUUCUCUUACGGAUCUAAAUCUUCAUAACAAUAGCUUCAAAGGAAGUCUUCCGGAUAUGUUUAUGCACGCCAGCAAGUUAAGGUCCAUUGACGUCAGCCACAACAGAUUGGAGGGAAAACUUCCUCCAUCUCUUACCGGUUGUUCUGCUCUGGAAGUUCUAAACGUGGAGGGAAACAAAAUCAGUGACACAUUUCCAUUCCAGUUGAAUUCAUUGCAGAAGCUACAAGUUCUUGUCCUCCGGUCAAACAAGUUUCACGGCAAGUUACAUCAGUACAGUGGGGCUUGGUUCGGAUUUCCUGAGCUGAAAAUCAUUGAUGUAUCACAUAACGACUUCCACGGCACGUUGCCAUCUGAUUACUUCCUCAACUGGACUGCAAUAUCUUCCAAGAAAGAUAAUACACAGCUGCACUACAUUGGGGACUUUCAUGACUACGGCUACUACACUUCGGUGGUGUUGAUGAAUAAAGGAGUAUCAAUGGCACUGGAGCGUAUCCUCACAAUCUACACAGCCAUUGAUUUCUCUGGAAACAGGAUCCAUGGAGAAGUACCUGAAUCUGUUGGUCUGUUGAAGGAGCUACAUGUACUCAACUUGUCAAGAAAUGCUUUCUCGGGACACAUCCCAUCGUCUUUGGCGAACCUCACCGCGCUGGAAUCACUGGAUCUAUCGCAAAACAAGCUUUCUGGUGAGAUCCCUCCAAAGCUCGGGGACCUUUCUUCCCUAGGGUGGAUAAACGUUUCACAUAAUCAGCUUGUGGGUUCAAUACCACAAGGUACACAGUUUCAACGACAAAACUGCUCUGCCUACGAGGGAAACCCUGGACUUUACGGUCCUUCUCUUAAGGAUAUUUGUGGAGUCAUCCAUGCGCCAACAUCUCUGCCGGUUUCAGAAGAAGAAGAUGAGGAGGAGGAAGGUUUGAGUUGGAUAGCAGCAGGGAUAGGCUUUGCACCUGGAAUUGUAUUUGGAUUGACGAUAGGAUACAUAGUGGCUCGUUUACUCAUAGAUCUCACUCCCCUAAGCAUUGAUGUUCUGUUCCAUAAAGUUAUUGUAUCCAGUAUCAUGUAUUGUUUUUGAUACAUAAACUGAAACUAAUGCUUGAGUGUUUCAUCAAGCAGUCACUUCCUCCAGGUUUUUAUUCUUAUCUCUCUCUCUCUCUUCUCUCUCUCUUUCUCUCUCUCGCAUCUCACGUUUGUAAAUUGAAUGGGAGUAUUUUGUAUAUCUUAAAAGUCUAAACAUCUGUGUCUUUCAGUUGUUUAUUUGCUUGUAGGAAGCAUGUAUGAGUAACAUGCUUGAAGAGAGGAGGAUGAAGAGAUACGACGAUCUAGGUUAAAAAAAAUUAAUGGCAAAACUUUUGUAAUUUUAAAAAUAAAAUAAAGGUAUUACCGACUUUUAGCACUUUUGGAUGAGUUUGCUGUAGUUGGAAGCGUUCAAACAUCUCAUCCAGAAAUCCCGAAAAAUCUGGAUGAGUUUUCAAAAUUAAUCUGGAUGCCGCGUCCAACUUAACCUCCUAUUUCGCGCCAAACGAACAUCGAUCCGCGUCUGCGUCUGGAUGCCGCGUCCAGUUUACGAAACGAACAGGGCUUGCGAGAACAAACUAUCAAGUUUUAUAUAAAACAGAAUAAACAGUAUACAUCCAAAUGAAUUACCAUAACAAGAACCUUAUCAAGGCUUCUUAAUCAGAGGAAAAGUGCUUGGCUCCACCACCAUCAAAGCCAAACUGUUCAGACAACUUAAGGGAGCAUUUAGAUCGAAUGUCUUUGAGACACUAUACAAGAGAUCAUACAAUAUCAGUUUCAGUAAAGCAUUAUGUUACAACCAAAAUAUUUCCCAAAAGAAACAGAACAAGAGCCAAAAGUUCCAAGUUCCCUCGAGAAAUUAUCAUUAGUAUAAAAGAACCCUAAACAACAGAGAAGAUUCUCAUGCAUUACUACUCACCAUCCAAGUUCGAAACUCUAAACCGUUGAACUUCAAAUAAACAAAUUACUAAGACAUAGACCCUUAACGAUUAGUAAUACAAGCGUGUGAAAUGAAUCUUUACAAACCUAGAUUCUGUUCAACGCUUGUCCUACGAGCGACAUUGAUUCGAGAUCUUUCAACUUUAUAUGGUCAUCAGCCAAGAUGAGAAUACAAAGCCAAGUAUAAUCUCCAUACAAAGCUUUUUAUGAAUUAAUCUCCAUACUGAUUCUUAUUUUGUCCUGAUCAGAUGGGAGGUUUCGAUGCACCCUAUGAUGACCUCUCGAGCCUAUUCGAGACGGGAGGCUCAAAAGGAUUAACAUGAGACCUCGUUGAUAAGAUCCCAAAGCUGACCAUCACUUGCAGUCUGUUCGUUCAGCAGUGUUGUAUACUGCCUCGUCAAAUGUUAAAUGCUUAAUGAUCCGCUCAGACUCCCUCUCUCUCGUGAAGCUUUUGCGAGAACGAGGCUCUACACCGGCUUUGUUUGGUAUCGUCUUUGAUGUUUAUCACUUUAGUGCUUCUUUUGAGUCUGUUUCUUUUUCAUAUGUACCUCGGUUAUGUAAUGUGGAAGCUGAUGCCGUGGCAAAAUCAGCUUUAACAUUGCUAAACAGUCUCUCCGAUCAUGGAGAAUAGACUUUUGUUAAGGUUUAUGAAUGAAUGAAGUAUGUUUGAUCAAAAAAAAAAUUGAUACUUCAUUUUAGACUAAAUGUGUUGAUUUUGCAGGACUUCCAGCUUGGUGAAAUAGUAAGAAGCUUGCCUCAAUGUGAUCACAUGUUCCACUUACCUUGUAUCGACAAUUGGCUCCUCAGGCACGGUUCUUGUCCAAUGUGUAGACGUGCCCUAUAAUUCUCAGAUACGUACAUACAGCUCCUAGCUCAGAACCGUGUAACUUUCAUGUAAAUUACAGUUCUUUUUUUGUUUGUUUUGUAAAAGCAGUAAUAUCUUUAUAUUUUAUAAUAUAAACAAGAAGCUCAUGAUGACUUUCUUUCUC